AUAAACAGCUGUUCAAUUUUAACAAUUUUCUAUUGCUUUGUAAUUUUUAUGUAAUUUUUGCUCGUUAAUAUAUUGAUUGUUUAAGAAAAGUGCAAAAAUGGGUAGCUGGCAAUUGGAAGUUUUUAAAAUGACUUUGUAUAUGUCCUUUCCCGUGGCAAUGUUUCACAUCUUCAAUCAACCGGCUUACUUUGAGGAAUGGGUGACCAAAACCAGACGUGAGCUAUAUCCACCCGAAAGUUUAGGCCACCGGGAAGAGAUACAAAAAGCCAUAAGAGAUGUGCGUGAAAAAAGAGAUAAAGAAAUGAUGAAAGCAUUAGAGGAUAUAGAAAAGCGUGGAAAAUAAUUGUUAACUAAAAAAUAAUAAUAGUUGCCACAAAGAAGUGUGCUAUGCUAGAAUAUUAUAUAAGGUUAUUUUUGUUUUUUUGUAAGUUGAAUUGUUUACCUUUAAACACAACACAAACAUUUGCUAUUGGAAUAUAAUUGAAAUAAUAUUUAAUUAUAAAAAUGAUUUUUAUUUACUAUUUAUGCAUGAAUAAUUAUAAUAAUGAUGCUGUAAAAUUACUUAUACCAAUAUAUUUCGUCGCGGCAUUAAAGUAUAUUCAUAAAGUGCCAUUGCCAAACACUCGACAGAGACCUGGCAUACAUUUUACGGAUUUAA